AAUGGGACCGACAGUGGGCGGGACUCAUGGUGGCCUGGGGUAAUGACGUGUUCUGCUAGCAGAAAGGUGACCAGAGGUCAAGGUCUGCAAAUCUAGGUUCUCUUCCUGAAGCGCGUUUGCCAAAUUUCCUGUUGGGUAACUUUAAAUUCUUGGUCUUAGCCGUGUUUAAACACUGUAUCUCCUCAGCCUUGAGACCCCGGGGCCGCCACUCUCACGCUGCCCAGAGCGGCCAGGCCCUCUCUGUGUACCUGUGGCUAACUCGAAUUCCUGUGCUCUUGCCUCCGCCUCCCGAGGGUUGGGAUUUCAGGUCUCCGGCUUCUCUGGAGAACCCACCCUGGAGCUAUGGUCCACGCUUUCCUCAUCCACACGUUAAGGGCCCCGAAUUUGGAAGAUACAGGCCUUUGCCGAGUGCUCUACUCCUGUGUCUUUGGUGCUGAGAAAUCACCUGAUGAUCCCCGACCACAUGGUGCAGAAAGGGACAGGCUCUUCCGAAAGGAACAGAUUUUGGCGGUGGCCAGACAGGUGGAGUCACUGUGUAGGCUGCAGCAGCAAGCAUCUGGAUGUUCCUCCACAGACCCGCAGCCUCAGUUCUCAGCUGAGUCUGUGUCCCUGCAUGAGGCCCCUCACGGAGCCUUCCACCUGGCAGCUGGGGACCCUUUCCAGGAGCCACAGACAGUGCUAUGGCUGGGCGUGCUCUCCUUAGGUUUCACCCUGGUGUUGGAUACCCAUGAGAAUCUGCUGCUAGCUGAGCGCACACUCCGGCUCUUGGCCCGCCUCCUCCUUGACCACCUCCGGCUGCUGACACCAGGUACCAACUUCUUGUUGCGGGCUGACCGUAUUGAGGGGAUCCUCACCCGCUUCCUGCCACACGGGCAGCUGCUUUUCCUCAAUGACCAGUUCGUCCAGGAUCUGGAGAAGGAAUUCAGUGCUGCUUGGCCCCGCUGACCCCUCACCAGAAUGAGGCUUCUGGAAAGGACAAAGAGGCAGGGUAAGAUUGCAUACUGCUAAGGGAAGCUUGGCGUCUGCCUCUUGCCCAGUCUGCUCCCUACUCUGACAUGUGGCCACACUCAGGACAUAUGGAUUGGGCAAGCCCACAGGAAGGGACCUGGAUAGAAGGAUGUCUGUGCCUGUUCUCAGGCCACUGGAAUUGUUGAACAUCCUGAACCUGGAGCUGCCCUGUGGCCUCUUAGACUCUGCAGUGUCCACCAUGUCCUUGACUCUAGCUCCCUUCAGCCCUCCAGCUGUGAGUACUGGAGCAGUGUACUGCCUGCCAGACUCACCUUAGUCGAUAGCUACAGCACAGAAGGAGUCUCUCAGACCCUCUUCAAGGUUGGGAAGCUGCCCUGGUUCCUGCCUUUGCACAUGAGCAAGGAUUUUGUCAGCAAGGCCUGUUCUGCAUCCAUCUCCACCACAGUGUGGAGCAGGGGGAUUCUUCUUAUUCUUGUUUCUUCUGUACCAAGCCUGUGUCUGCCAGGACAGCUGAGAGCACAACAGCUUUUCUUGUCUGCUGGCCAGCAGAUGCCAGGCAUCUGGGCCAGGUGAUGUCUUAUUUUGAAGUAAAAACAAUGGCGGUCUGA